GCGGAGUUCAUUUCCUGUGAUUGCGGCGCUACACGGCAAGCGGGAGCAACGAGCAGUGGAUUUUUACUACUACCCGUUCGUCACUUAAAUACCUCCUUUAUUUUCGGGAAUCGUGUGGAUCUGUCUGAGUGUCAGUCAUGCCGCGUGGUGGAAAAAAGGGCCACAAAGGCCGGGGGAAGCAGUUCAGCAACCCAGAGGAGAUAGACCGACAAAUGCGGGCUCAAAGAGAGAUGGAAGAGGCAGCUGGAGCAGAGAAGGGCAGUGCUUCAGAGUCUGAAGACGACAGCAGCAGUGAAGAUGAAUCUGAAAACAGGAAAAGGAGUGGGGUCGAAGGUCUUAUUGAAAUCGAGAAUCCCAACCGCAUCUCUCAGAAGAGCAAGAAGGUGACAGAGCUAGAGGUCGAGGCACCAAAGGAGCUGUCGCGCCGAGAGAGAGAGGAGAUAGAGAAGCAGAAGUCAAAAGAACGCUACAUGAAGCUGCAUCUUGAGGGGAAGACAGAUCAGGCCAGGGCUGAUCUGGCUCGACUGGCUAUCAUCAAGAAACAGAGAGAGGAGGCUGCCAAGAAGAGAGAAGAACUCAGGAAGGAAAAAGAAGCCGAAGAAGCCAAAGGAAAGCGUUAGCCCAUCACCGUACAACAUGCACACGCGUCUCAGGGGAUGGAGAAAGACUGAAGAUGCAUAUCAGAGAGGGACCAAACUGAGCGCUGUCAUGGCAGGGUGCUCCUCGCUCCCUGUCCCUCAAAGUCAUCCUGAGGGUUCCCCAGGAUGGCGCUCAGAUCCAGGACAACAGGUGGAGCGAUGGCGGACUAAGUGGAAAGCAGCUGUUGGGAUUCCUCUUCUUCGAUGACUCCUGAGUAACGGAGGAGGCAAUCUUAGGUUUUCCAAGAGUUGAACAACCCUUUUUUCUCUAUCCUCUCCACAGGGUUUUAAUUGUAAAGCUGCUGAAGUUCUUUCCAUUCCUCCAUUCUAUACAUUUUACAGGUUUACUCAGUGACCGGUUUUACAGUGAGCGUCCCUCAGGAUGUUUUUGGUGCUUUAACUUCAUUUAGUCAGGUUUUCAAAAUAAGUGCAUUUGGACUAUGGUAUUCAUUCAAUUCUUCUCAAAAUACAUUGUUAAGUUCAAGUAAUGAGACAGAGCUACUUACUUCAUGACCAAACUGACCUGUUAGCAUUUUAUUCAAAACUUUAACAAAGUUGGCACAUUACAUAUUUUAGAAUGUCAUAUCAUGUUUUCUACAGUUAACUUUUCCCAGUUUAUGACAGUAUUAGUCACUUUACAGAGAAACUUUUUUUUUUUUUUUUUUCAAAUAAUUUUUCAGAAAUGAGCUUAAAACUUGUCCAUCUUUCCUUUAUGUAUCCAAUCAAAAUAUUACUUGAAUUGCCUGCAAUAAAAAAACAAAAACAAACUAUUACUAUUAUUGUGCUGAUUAUUCAAGCCUUGUUCACUUUGUUGACAGAACCAUAUAUAAUAAACAUUGCAUUUUUUUCAAGUUUGAUAGUUAAUAAA